GGUGAGAGCACUGACGGUUACUUUAGAAGAGAGAGAAUCAAGUUGGAAAAGAUCAUAAGCAGGAGCAGUUGGUUGGUGAAUGGUGGCGCGAGGCUUAUCAUCAACGAAGCCAGAAGCUGAGCGAACCGCCACAGAAAAUAGAAAUGCACUCUCUCUCUCCGACACACACCUUCCUACGCUCGCAUUCACUCUCUUCCUUCACAUCAUCUUCUUUUCUUCUCCUUCUUCCUCCUUCCACUCUUCGCAGCUCUAAGAGGCUGCAAUUCUCACCCUUCGCCACCUCUUCUCCAAUUCCCCCAAAUGAAACCAAAUUCCAAACGCAGGGAUUCUCUCAUUCUUGCAAGAAUUCCAACGAUUCACCCGAAUCACUUGCUCGAAUCUCCAAUUGGAAAUUUCCCUUAGCUCCAAUUGCUCAUUCUAAUUUAUCCGUCAGGCUUCUCAAGUUUAUGAUGCUCUUCGGCUUCCUCACACUUAAACACUCAUAUCCCGCUCAUGCUGCCUCUGACUUUUCCAGUGCUUUCAGUUUAUCUCCUGCAUUUGGGGAUUUUGAUGACAUAAGCACAGGUUUUGCUUCAGCGUUUCUGCUGAUAUUUUUCUCUGAACUGGGAGAUAAGACCUUUUUCAUUGCAGCCCUGCUUGCAGCUAGGAAUACAGCUGGUGUUGUUUUUAUUGGGACGUUUAGCGCACUUGCGGCAAUGACUCUGAUCUCUGUUGUCCUUGGGAGAACUUUUCAUUAUGUUGAUGAAAUCUUGCCAUUCAGGUUUGGAGAAACAGAUUUACCUAUUGAUGAUAUUGCUGCUGUUUGCCUAUUGGUGUACUUUGGGGUCUCUACCCUGCUGGAUGCCUCAUCUAGUGAUGGCCAAAAAUCAGAUGAAGAGCAGAAGGAGGCAGAACUAGCAGUUUCUGAAUUUUCUGGAAAUGGUGCUGGAAUACUAUCUGCUGCUAGCACAGCUGCCAGUACUUUUCUCUUAGUUUUUGUCGCCGAAUGGGGUGAUAAGUCAUUUUUUUCCACAAUUGCCCUUGCAGCAGCUUCUUCUCCACUUGGAGUCAUAGCUGGAGCACUGGCGGGUCAUGGUGUUGCAACUUUGCUAGCUGUACUCGGGGGCUCUUUACUUGGGACGUAUUUAUCAGAGAAGGUUAUUUCCUACAUCGGAGGUGUUCUAUUUCUCGUCUUUGCUGCAGUAACCUUAUUUGAAAUUGUGCAAUAGGAGUUAAAAGAAAUGCUAUAUAAUCUCAGUGCAAAGUGAUCAAUAACGUAAAGAAAGACCUCUAGAAUUAUGAUUCUAGACUCCAUUUAUUAAGUUUUAUUGAUCGUGGCUCGAGAAGGGAAAAAUGUGUAAUUUUUGUUUUUUCUGA